UGUAUUUUACUAAUUAUAGGUGCCAAGUAGGAUGUCUAGACAAAAUAGGAAAGGAGAAGGUUGGAGAAAGAAGACAAUUUGUGUUGAAGAACAACUGAAAAUUGGUGUAGGUGCUGCUGUCGAGGAGUUCAGAUAUGAUGAAACAAAAACAGUUUUGGAAUUUCCUUCUUCUUUGACAUCUACUGAAAGAGCAUACAUACACAGACUAGCCGAAGAACUUGGCCUCAAGUCAAAGAGUAAAGGGAAGGGCAGCAAUAGGUUUUUAUCCCUGUUCAAGAAAGAGUUAACAUCCACUCCUGGCAGUGUAUCUGUUUUCCAGUUUAGUCGAGAGUCCCAUCAAGAGUGUCACAAUCUUCUUCAACGAUUUCCGGUUACUGUUCGAGAAAAACAGGACCUUCUUCCCAGGACGGAAAGGGGAAGGCUCUCAGGGGAAAAUGGACAACAUUUUAGAGAAGUAAACAAAACAACAGGAAGAUUAAACAGCACUGUUCCCCAAGUACCAACCAAACGAUCCACGUCAGAUCUAGAUGCCUUCCGACAAACACUGCCAGUCUUUUCCAAGAAAGCAGACAUAUUAGCUGCAAUUGAGAAUAGUCAAGUGAUGCUUAUUGCUGGAGAUACAGGUUCAGGAAAAACAACUCAGGUACCUCAGUACAUUCUUGACAAUCACCAUGCUGCUAGUAGGAACUGUAGGAUUAUAUGCACACAGCCUAGGAGGUUAUCAGCUUUGUCUGUAGCAGAGAGAGUUGCUGCUGAGAGAGGUGAAAAGAUCGGCCAGACUGUUGGAUAUCAGAUCAGGCUAGAAAGCAGAACAUCUCCUCGGACCCUGUUGACUUUCUGUACCAAUGGGGUACUGCUACGUACACUUAUGGGUGGAAGUAAUUUGCUCAAAUCUGUUACACAUAUCAUUGUGGAUGAAAUUCAUGAGCGAGACCGUUUCAGUGACUUUUUGUUAAUUAGUUUGAGAGACCUUCUUGUCAAGUACAGAAACGUAAAGCUGAUUUUGAUGAGUGCUGCAUUAGAUAUCAAUUUGUUUGUUAAGUACUUCAGCUCCUGCCCUGUUAUUCAAGUUCCUGGUAACUUGUUUCCUGUAGAACAAUUAUUUUUAGAAGAUGCAUUAAAAUGCACUGGUUAUGUGAAUGAUAAGAUGAAAGUACACCAAAAAGAAGCUGCGCGAUUAAAGAAACAGCAAAACCAAUUAGAACAGUGGUUAAAGGAAGACACAGAAGAAGUAGACGUAAAACCCUUAAUCAUUGGUGAAGUUCCUGGAAUAGUGGAUCCAACAGCAUCAGUGAAUGCAGAUGGUUUAUCUGACUGGCUGAGACAAGAUAUGGACCAAGCUAUCAGUAAUUGCUGGUUAGUUGGUGAUGAGGAUUCAUUCACCCACUUGUUUCAUUUACUUCUCAGUGAAAAUGUCUCAGUUGACUACUCGCACUCUGGAACCAGUGCUACCCCAUUAAUGGUUGCAGCUGGACGAGGCCACAAUGAUGCUGUAGAGCGUCUUCUAAACAUUGGUGCAAAUGUUAAUAUUAGAGCUUCAAAUGACAUAACCGCUCUAGACUGGGCUAAAAGAAUGGGACAAGCAGAAGUGAUUGAAACUAUUGAAGCACAUAUUGCUGCUAUUCAGAGUACAUGUAACACAGGAGCUGAUUUAGUGAAGCAAAGUGAUGACAUAAGCCUUGAGGAUAAGGAGCUGUUGGAAGCCUACCAUCAUAGUUUUGAUGAUGAGAAAGUUGACAUUGAUCUCAUACUUAGUCUUCUCCAUUACAUUAUUAAGAACUCUCAGGAAGGUUCCAUCCUUGUAUUCUUACCUGGGUACUCGGAUAUUGUGAGUCUCAGAGAUUGGCUGUUGUCAGACAGUACCACAUUUGGAAAUUCAGACAGGUUCUAUAUUUACACAUUACAUUCUAAUAUGCAAAGUAGUGACCAGAAGAAAGUCUUUAGAAUAGCUCCGCAGGGAAUCAGAAAGAUAAUUCUUUCAACAAACAUUGCUGAAACAAGUGUGACAAUUAGUGAUGUUGUUUUUGUUAUUGAUUCAGGAAAGGUGAAAGAGAAAUGUUUCGACUCAAUCACAUCUGUGUCAGCAUUGAAGAGCAAUUGGAUAUCAAAGUCAAGUGCAAUACAAAGAAAGGGAAGGGCUGGCCGUUGUAGGCCUGGCAUGUGCUUUCACCUUCUAAGUCGUGUUCGCUUCAAGACCCUUCAUGAAUUCCAGACCCCUGAGCUGCUGCGGGUUCCGCUGCAUGAACUGUGCCUGCACACCAAAAUGCUAGCUCCAAUGAAUACACCAAUAGCAGACUUUCUUUGUAAAGCCCCUGAACCUCCAAACUUUCUUACAAUCAAGAAUUCUAUCCAGUUAUUAAAGGAUGUUGAUGCAAUGGAUAACUGGGAGGACCUAACAGAACUCGGCCAUCACCUUGCUGACCUUCCGAUUGAACCCACACUUGGCAAGAUGGUUCUUUACUCAAUUGUAUUCAAGUGCUUGGAUCCUAUUCUCACAAUUGUCUGCUCAUUGGCAUACAGAGAUCCAUUUAUAUUGCCCAUGAAUCCAUCCAACAAGCGAGCUGCUCAAAGUAUCAGAAAGAAAUAUUCUGCAAACACUUUCAGUGACCACAUGAGCUACUUACGAGUAUUCCAGGCUUGGCAAAGAGCUAAAAGUGAUGGCUGGGACAAGCAAUUUUGUGAACGCAACUUCCUAUCACAAGCAACAAUGGAUAUGAUUGUUGGAAUGAGAACACAACUUUUAGGUCAGCUAAGAGCAUCAGGGUUUGUACGAGCUAGAGGUCCAGGAGAUAUCCGAGAUCUGAAUGCCAACUCAGAGAACUGGGCUGUAGUAAAAGCAGCGCUGUGUGCUGGCAUGUACCCAAACAUCAUAAGAGUAAAUCGAGACCGAAUGAUCAUGACAACACAGAGGGAAUCCAAAGUUCGGUUUCAUCCAUCAUGUACUCUUGUUGAUCCAACUGGAGCCAAGAAUCGAUCAGCGCAAGAAAGAGAAAUUAUCCACUCCCUGCCAACAGACUGGUUGAUGUAUGAAGAGUUAACUCGAGUAAAUCACCUGACAAGUGUACGAUGCUUAACUUUAAUGACGCCAAUCACAGUUGCUCUGUUUGCUGGCCCUGCCCGCCUACCCCACGAUGCGUUUGUUGUAGCUGAAGAAAACCUUAUCCAACAAUACUGUGGGCAAGCUGGUGGUGGUGCUGCAAGCAGUAGUGAAGGUGAAGAAGAUACAGAGGAUACCACCAAGUCACUGAUAAAGAUGGAUAAUUGGAUUUCACUUAAAGCAGAUCCAGUGGCCGCUAGUCUUACAUUUAGACUAAGGCAGAAAUGGCAUUCCUUAUUUAUUCGGCGAAUGAGAGCCCCAGCCAAGCCCUGGUCGCAGGCAGAUGAGGCUGUCCUUAGAUCUGUCAUUCAAGUUUUGAGUAAUGAAGAGCAGAUGGCAGGGCUACAACAACCAGUUGGUAUAGGUCAAAGACCAAAACCAAUGGCUGCUGACUCAAUGAAUAGUCCACCAGCAAGAAAUAUCAACAGCCGUUUUGGAACUCAAGACUAUGGACAAAAAAACAUGACCCCACCAAGAGACAAUCGUCGAGAUUUCAGACCAAAACAUGAUACCGGUCGGUGGACCUCACCAAAGUUUCCCAGUUCAGACCCCUCUAACUUUCACAAUAAUUCUAGAGUAAAAGUUGCAAGUUCUCCAACACCAGGUCAAACUGCUUUCACAAGAUGGGACCCAGUCCCUGAUGCUGCUGCUGUAUUGCCAGCAGCAAAACAAGGUGGUGGUGCUGAAGGUGGUAUGAAGUACUUUAUAAUGAAAGCUCCUCAUGAUAAGUACUUUGAUGCAUCACUUGAUGAUGGGGAAUGGACCGUAACAGGGGCUAAUGAGAAGAAACUAAAUGCUGCCUACUCUACAUGUAGAGCAGUUUACUUAGUGUUCUUAUCACACAACACUGGUAAUUUCCAAGGCUAUGCUAAAAUGAUUUCAGACACCACUAGUAACCCAAAAGGGGGUAGUUCUUUUAAAGUCAAGUGGAUCAAGAGGUCAAGCAUGCCUUACAAGCAAAUCCAACACCUUGUUAAUCCAUGGAAUGAAAAUAAAAAACUGCAAGUCAGUAGAGAUGGACAGGAAAUUGAGCCUAGUGUUGGAGAAGCUCUACUGAAGGUAUGGACUAAUGUGCCUGCAUGCCCAGGGGCUGAUGACGAAUCACCAGGAUCUAGGCCUGCUUUUAAAACCCAUGUGGAACCAAAGUUUACAGGACAAGCCAUCCACAGCCCAGACUCAAGAAAGUUCACACCUCAGUGGCACCACUCAGGGAAUUCACCUCAUAGAGGCAAGAUGAGUCCAGGGGGUAAACGAGGCCAUGGUCGACAUCAGUACCACCACAGUCAUGGUUCACCGAAUAGAGGGCGCUCUUCACCUGGCAGGGGAGACUACUAUCCCAUGACACCAUUCUACCCAUCUGGGUGUGCAGCAAGUAAUGACUACUAAAGUAAAGUAAUCAUUUUUGCAUUAUGGUGCUUAGUAUUAUGAAUUUUAAUACAUUACACAAUAUUAAUUAAUCAUAUGCCAAAAUCAUUUACCAUAUAUGUAUUAAUCAUAGAUCUAAGUGAUUUUGAUACCAUUUUCAUAAUUUCAUCAAAAACUUUCUUGCCAUUCAUUAUAUGAAUACUUAAUUGCAGGUGACUUUAGAUAGCUAAAAUUGAUUUGCCAUUAUGUAUCUGUAGCUAAACUAUUCAAAUUUUUAAUCAUCUUGAGUAUUUCAACAAAGACUAAUAUUUUUAUUUUCAGAAAUUCUACAUUUGCCAAUUUUUUAUGUUUAAAAUAAUAAUUUAUAACUUUUAAAAUCAAUUUAUACUUUCCUUGAAAGAAUUCAGAUUACGAAAGUCAAUUAUUUAUUUGUUGUUCUCAUUUAGUGCAAUCAAUCAAUUUUAAAAGUGUAAAUGAAAGGAUUUACACUGUCCCAUCAAGUGAUUUGUAAGAAAAUGGUGAAUGGAAUGAUAGUUCAUCUAACUGAUAGGUAAUUCCAGUAGUUAAUGUACAUUGGUAUACCAGUAACAAUAAUCAUCAUUCUCAUAGGGCUUAUUCGACUGGUUCAUUUCGUAGAGUACGAAUUUUCGUUGAGUAUUAUUUUCAUUCGACUGGUCCGUAAAAUAGACUUUGUUGACAACGAAAAUUAACGUAACCAAAAUGCGUUAAUCAGUGUUAAGUUAUCCACAUGACCAAAAAAAUAUGGCCAAUUGGUCAGUUUAGCAACAACAUUUGCGUUAAUAUAAUUUAGAUUAAAUUUCAGAAAAUAAAAUUACGAUAUUUACCCACACAUUGAAGUAAAAAAAUAAUUGUAGGCUAACAGAAUUCAAAAACUGGAUGAAAACAUUUUUUAACUAAAAACCUAUACUGCCACAAUCCGAAGCAGCCUUGAUUAUGCAGCGUGUAUUGCGGUAGAUAUGCAGCCAUUUUGUUUGUUAAGUAGGAUUUUACGACUGCGCAGGUGGGCGUGGUUUAACGAAAAACGACCAUUCAAAUACGGCCAUUUAUGUUUAGUUUACCACUGAACCAUAACAAUAUUAAGAUAGAAUGAAAUUAAUGAAUAAUAAUUUUUUACCAAAGAAUAUAAAACAUAGUACUAGGCUACAUUGAUGUUUGUCAUUGUAAUAUUCCAGUUAUGUACCAAAUUUCAGCCAAUGUUAUUGUUAAAAGGUAGUGAACUUGGGACAUGUAAAUAUUGGAUAUGAAUAAAACAUUUUAAGUGCCUUGCAUAAAGCUGCUUACCUACAUGCACCCCUACAUAAACAGAAUCUAUGUUAUUAAUAAUAAAAAUCUAAAUAUUGUAUAUGCAUGUGUUACUAAUGUAGACCUACUGUAUCAUUCAUUAUUCAAGUUCUUUACCAUCUUCCAGUAGUUGUUCAAUUUCUUCUCAAUUUAUUCCCUUAUUGUUUCUGCUGUACUAUGCUUAAUGUAUUUUAAGAAACUCUAAAUUGUACAUAAUUAUUAAUACAUUUUAUAUUUUUAUGUAUUUGUUUACCUUCUUGUGUCUUUUAUUGUAAGGUAUGCUUUAAGUAUGAUCUAAACAAAUUGUUGGGAAGGCUUUAAAACAAUGAUGUUCCAAAACCUCAAAAUAAUUCAUGAAGUGAUUACUGUAUUUAGCUUGUAACUGCCCAGUGUGAAGCAUUAGCAAGAGAGGACCGGUAAGAAUAGUUGACUUGUGGUGUGGCCGUGAGGCAGGAUUACUGAAAUUUGAUAACUUUUGAUUAAAAAAAACUUGAUGCAUUGUAAAGUAUUUAUGAAUUCAACUUCUUUGUUAUCAAUUUACUAUAUUUACCACAGAGAUAUAGAAAUAUGUCUCUAUUUACAUUUUACUAAUUGGUCCCCUUUCUUGCAGAGCAAGGGAUUAGAGAUCAAAGGAAACUACGAAAAUAAAUAAAAUUAGGAAUUAAUAGAAAUUAUAUUAAGCAAAUUUAUAAAAGUUAACAUGAAUUGGGGAUUAGGGAAUCAUUAUAAAAAUAGCUAACAUGAAUUAGAGAUUCAAGGAAAUUAUACGAAAUAUAAAAUAUCACUCAGGUUAGAGUUUCUAUAAUUUAUUUAUUUCAACAAUAUUUUGUGAUGAUAAUAUUGAUUCAAGAUAAACAAAAAUCGUAUCAGCUAGAUGUGAUUACAUCUAUUAGAAAGAUAAUAAGGAGCUUUCUAUUGCACAACGACGGUAGGACAUGUGACGUUAUGACGUCGCUGAGAAGUCAUCUGUCCAUGCGAGAACGUUGAGUUCUCGGGCCAUCUCACAGAUGGUAGGACGGUCAUGGAAUCCAUCUAACGCUACGUCGUCGCGCAAAUAAAAAGCUCCCUAUUACAGAACAGACCAGACGUUAUUAGAUUCUUAAAGCUAUCUUAUGUGGAAUCUUAAAAAUAACCCUGUAAGAUGAGAUUAUUAGAAUAAUUUGGAUUGGGUGAGAAGUUCAGAACGGGAUUGUAGAUAAUCCAAAUAAGCAUUGUUCAGAGAUUUAAUAGUACAGUAAUACUCAAUCGAAUUAAAAUAAAUUAAAAAAAAAAAAAAAAAUAGACACUAUAAACAUGGAAGAGACAAAAAAUGCAUUGUCAAAAAUAGUAUAAUAGAGGAAACCACAGAGUUGAAACAGGUUUGGUGAGAAAGUACCUAAAUCUACUGAUUGUGCACAAUGUACAUAAAUACAUUUAUCACCGCAUUUACCGUUGUUCAUGAUGUAUAAAAUUCAACAAAUAUUGAAAAACCUAAUCAUUGUUGAAAUAAUUAUGACAUGCAGGCAAUAAUAAUAUGUAUCUGGUGGUGUUUAAAUUUUUCAGAUUUAUAAUAUUUGUUAUCAGUAUAGACUUGAUUGUUUAGCUACCGUUCCAUGUAGAUAAUUAAAAUUUACCUUGUUGGAAGAUCGAAUUGAAAUGAAAAAAAAAAUAAAGUUAAACUCUUUUUUAAAAGAAAA